GAGGAAAAUUGGUUAGUGUAAUGGGAUCAAUGGAAAAUAUAAUGUUUUGAAGCUGGAAAGAUAGAGUUUUAUAUAUUUUUACAGAAACGCAAAUGCGAUGGAACUCAAACCGAUAUUAAAACUUGCGGCAAAUUCCAUGAUCCUCGCUGGGACGUGGCCGCUACCGCUACCCACGAAAAACGUGGCACUCCGCAAAACAUACGCGGUCUAUUGUAGACUGAUACACAUCUUUUUUUCGAUAUUUUUACUUUCCCUUUACAUCCAAUUCGGGUUGAAAGUGAACGACGGAAACUCUGAUGAAAACCGCGAAGGGUUGUUUUCGCAAAUGUCCUUCCUCAUCAGCUUGCUAAUAGUCGGCGUCACUAUAAUUCUGUAUAGAAGAAAGAACGCAAGACUCGUCAUAAAAUACAUAAUGAAAGCAGACGCGAACAUAGCUCGAUCAAAAGACGAAGACGUUUUACGAUAUCAUUCCCGACAAAUACAGUUUUGCAGAAGGUUGAGUUUCGGAAUAGUGUCGCUGUCGGUUUGGAUGGGAAUAUCGAUGUUUCUGGAAACCCAUUUGCAACGACUCGAAAUAGAGAAUUUUAACAAAGGAAAUAAUCGCAGUAUCGAAAAACCUUUGACGUUCGAUAUGUAUUUCUUUAACUUGGAUCGGGCGAAAUACGAGACGACGCUGUUGUGCAUCAGUUACGUGCUGCUUCCCCUCAAUUGCCUCUUGUUUACUUCGAGUAAAAUUAUCUUCUUUUCCUGUAUCAUCUUCCCCGCAUCAGUUCUGAAAACUUUACAGAUAAGGUUCAGGAAGCUGGGCGUCGCUGGGAGUGACAUGUUGGCAAAUUUGAAAGAACUGAUAGCAGAACAUCAACAGACCAUCUGGUUUAUCCAAAAGUUAAACGAUUCUGUGAAGUACUUAAUCUUUCUGGAUUUUCUAUUAAACUCACUGGAUAUAGCAACCGUCUCUAUUCAGUUAAUCACGUUAGAGAAAAAUAAACUUGCAUCUCCUAUGAUUUUCUUUGGUCUUUUAAUUGUUCAAACUUUCGUCCUCGGAUGGAGCGCAAAUGAGAUAAAAACUCAGAGUUUGGCGCUCGGAGACUCAUUAUAUGAGAGCUCGUGGUACGAGCAAAGCGAGGUCGUUAAAAAAAUGAUAUUGACUGUGUUAAUUCGAAUGCAGAGGCCUCUGGUUUUGACUAUCGGACCGUUCGAUGCCAUGACGACAGAAUCAGCUCUUGCGGUAUGUAUCCUCUUUGAACCAGAUGACGCUACACAGAAGUAUUCUAUAAAUAAUUAAUAAUGAAGGGCUCGUACACCUACAUAAGUGUAAUGUUAAAUACCUACUAGAACCAGCAUGCAACACAGGCCGGCAUGGCAAGAUUCAAAGUAAAUGAAAUGCUUUGAUUGUAUAAUACCGGGUAAUUGAUAAUCGACCCAGGCGUACACUUUUACUAAGAAACGGAGAUUUUUUUUAAAUUUUACUACUUUUUCAAGUCUGCUAUAUCGAACUAAAAUAUUAUAUCCUAUAUUUUAUUAUAAUUUUAAUACUUAAACUUUAAUACUAGUGCAUUUUUGAUUAUUUUCCACUUCUAUUUUAUCCAAAAUUCGAUAAUAUACUGCACUAUACUGCACAGGGUGUUUCAAAAUUAAUGAUUUUCACAACAUAUAAAAAUUUUUAAAACUUUAUUUUUUAUUAUUAUUUUACAUUAUUCCAAACUCUAAAAGACAAUAAAAUUUCCUUUAAAAUAAAGUAGACUAUUUUACACAUAAGUCGUACGAUUUUCUAAAUAAUCGCCACAAUUUUUUAAAAUCUCAUUAUCUAGACAUAUUUUUAUCAGUUAGCCAAGCGACACCAUGUUGUUUAAUAGUAAUUGCUCAACUAGCGCUUCAAAAUGAAUUCCAAAGUUGUACAAUUUUCAUUAAUAAUGUUCUUCUUAGUAUUUACUUUACAAUAAUUUAAAAUUGAGCAACUCAAACGAAGUUUCCAUGAAACUUUUUAUUAUCUAUCAAUUGGAACUCAACAAACGCAGCUAUGAUAUCGCGGAAUAAUUUUCAAUCAUAUCAGAAGUUUGUAACAAGAAUGUUUAGGGAGUUCAAUACAAUGUAUAUCAUUCUUAAAAAAAUAUGAAAGUAAAUUUGCCUAAAUACAAAAAGACUCCAUGAUCCAUUGCGGUUCAAAUCUUAAGGGAGUUCCAAAGAUAUCAUCAAGAAAAUUUUGGAUUAAUUGAACGCAUAUCCUCAAAUUUAUCUUAGAUAUCUAAAUAAGCACGGAGAAAGUAUUAAGCAAAAAUAAUUGAAAGGAAACAGAGAAUCAAAAAAUGUAAUGUAAAAUAUAAAAUAACGAUAUUUUAUUUCGGCUAAGUACCCAGAUUUUCAUAACGAAUGCCUUUUCAAUUUUCCUUUCCAAUUCACUAUCAAUCACCCUGUAUAUUAUACAGAUUGAUUUACAAACAGUUGAUUGAGGUUCCUUUAACUAUUUCCGAAAUAAUAACAAAAAAAAUAUUUUCGGGGCCUCUCUUUAACAGGUCAUUUUCGGAAACAUGUUUAUUAAAAAAACUAACAAUAAAUUGAUGAAAGCGCUUAAGUUAAGAGUACUUAUUAAAAUUUUACCACGUUUCCGCAUUCCGGAUAGAAACUCCCUUGCGUUCCGAAAGUAUUUGCACAGAAUAAGCGAACGAGUGCGCUUAAAAGCACGCGCACAUCUAAUACACCUUUUGGAAUAGGCAAAUGGCACUACGAGAAAUGCAAUAAAAUGUUAUAUUAAGCUCGCAUUCUAUAUGCUUCGGCGAGAAAGACGUUCAUACCGACUACUGGAUGCGGCAUGUGUACCUAAGAAUGCAAAGAUGCAAACAAAUGCAAAUGCUGAAAAAUGUAACGACUACAGGAAGAAGAACAUUUUAUUUAACUAGUUCUUAGGAAGUUUAGGAAGUCUUGGUACGGGUUACAUGAAUGUAUGAAUUUGUAUGUGUUUUUUGUAGUAAUUUUAUAGUGAAUUUUGCAAUUUCUGUUAUUACACUAAAAAGGGCGCUGCAGCGGCACGACUAAUAGAAUCGAUGUAUGAUAUUACCUCCGAUCUACUAUAUUAAAAAUGCAAAUCCCUUACCUUCAACCCGUGUUAUUUAUUGUUCAUCUCAAGGGGAUAGGGACAGCAACAGAAGUAAUUAAAAAUAAUUCUGUAGGUAAAAGAUUUUGAUGAUCUAGCUUAAUUGUAAUUAAUUCUCUUAACGCAGUUUGGAUAGAUGUUUCAUCCGUGGAAACAGGGACUCAGAUCUUCAAUUCUCCGUGAUAAUUCCGUUACAAGAAGUGAAAUAAUUAAUAAAGAGUAGUUAAAACAUCAAAUGACACUACAAUACACUACCCCACCCUACUCUCGAUUUGACACCUAGGUGAGUCACUACAGUGUGGGAUGUUCGUCAACUUUGAAUUCUUUUGUGGUAGAUUUAAUAAUAAUUAGUCCCUACCAGAUGGAAAAAUUGUGUAGCCCGUUUUUAAAAAGUAGAACAAUUAUAUUAAGUAUAGGAUCUGUGGCCAAGGCAAGCGAAAGAAUUUUUGUGAACUUGAAUGAUGACAGUGAGAGUGAAACUGAGCUUGAUUAAAACUUAAUAUUAAUUUUUGACACUUUUAUAUACCUAGGUAGUUUACAGUGAUGUAUAAGUUUUGUAACAUAGCAUAUUGUAUAUGCCUUACAUAGUGUUUAUAGAUCGUAUUAACUAGACGAACACUGAUCUUUUUCGUGCUAUUUUGUUGGUAACAUAUUCUACACAACUUGAACAAAAACUGAUUGUUAACACUUGCUCCCUCUAAUUAAACCGCUUUGAAAAUACUGGUAAAGUCUGUUCAUAGAUAUAAGAAAGUGACUAACUAAUACGAAUUAAGGAAAGGCCCAGGUAAGGCGAAAUAAUGAAAUAUGGUCGAACACUUCCGUACUUUGCUUAGAAUUUAAUUAUUUGGGGUUUUGUUCGGAAAGAUACUAAACAAUAUUUAUUUAUUUAUGUAUGUAUUUAUGUUUAAAUCUAAAAUAAAAUUACAAAUUAUUUUUAUUACUUACUUAAAUUAUUAUUAUUUGUUCUAUAUUACGAUUGUUCUGCUAUUUCUAUGUUUAACAGAAUUUGCCCAACUUUGUGGAGGGAUGUUAAAAACUUCGGUUUCUAUAAGUUUGAGGACAUUGGAGUUAACA